CCUUUUAAUAGAUACAUAACAGUCUCUCGAAUGGGCUUUCACUUUCCCUUCCAGCAACCAGAGACGAGGUGCAGAUCAUCUGACACGCAGCAAGACUGAUCAUUACUGACAAUGCCAGAGAGUGGCGAAUGCACCAAGUGCCUUGCUAAAACUCCAAUAGUGAUACUAGUAUGUGCCUCAGUGAUUAUGUGCAUCAUGCCUGUUGUUCAGCUAGCAGUAGGAGCUAUGUACCAAUAUGAGUGUCCACGACAGCCCUACAUCCCCAUCUACUUAAUGGUAAUGGGAGUCAUCCCCCUGCUGCUGUCUGUGCUCGCCAUCCUGCCCUGCUUCGCCGGCUUUGGAAAUCAAAGCAAGCUCUGGAGCUGCCUGGUCUCUGUCUUUUUCUUCUGCUGGUUCAUCACUGGUAAUGUGUGGAUUUACUCCAUCUACGAACCCAACUACAAUAAGACAACGACCAGUGUGGAACCCUACUGCAACAAGACGCUCUACAUGUUUGCCGUCUGGUCCACCAACCUCACCUACAUCCUGUCAGGUUCAACUCACCAUUACUAAUAAUGUCAGAGAUUGACACAUUUCAAGGCAUCUGCAGACGUCAUCCCUCUACAGCAGUAGGUAAUGUGUGGAUCUACUCUAUUUAUCAGCCCAAUUACAACAAGAACACAACAAGUGUGGAUCCCUACUGCAACAAGACGCUCUACCUGUUUGCCUUCUGGACCACCACCUUGGUCUACAUCCUCUUGGGUUUGUUCCUGUUGUGUGGCUGUGACGUCCUUGUCUGCUUCUUACUGUCUGGCCACGCUGACCCCAACGACGACAUCUAGAGACAAAUAAAUAAAAGAGUUAGGGGGCAAGAUACAUCUGAUUGGGGCUGCAAUGAGCUGGCUGCUGAAGGUGUUGCAUGUAUCUCAAGCUACACACACUCGCUAAUUAUUUGUAGUAUUGGAGUAUCGGGAUGUCUUGGUUUGUGACAGUCAGCGAUCCCUUUUACAUUACACAUUUGAGCCAUUGUUAAUAUAAAAAUAUUGAUUAGUGUAGUUUCAAAUCCAAGAUCUGUAAAGGUGAAACAUCCGUAUGAGAGAAGAACAGAAGUCUAACAGCCCUUCAUAUACAAACACAGUGUACUUUUGGUUUCUUUGUCUUUAGGUAAUGUGUGGAUCAACUUGAUCUAUGAACCCAACUACAAUAGGACAAGGUGACACAAAGAUGUAGAUCCUUACUGCAAAAUGCUCUUCCUGUUUGCCUUCUGGACCGCCAACAUGACCUACAUCCCAAUAGGUCUGUUCAUUUGCUGCUGCUACUGUUGCCUCCGUCAUCUUCCUAAUUAGAUGCAAAGUUAAUUAAAAAACGUAUAGAGAAGAUCACAGUGGAGGUGCAGUGUGGAUUUAAUAUCAUACAUAUUUUACCUUUGAAGCCG